AUGCUGGGCCUCGGCCCUGGCCAGAGCCAGCAGCAGCAGUCGCCGGCAGCCGCCGCGCUGCCGCCGCACCUGCAAGAGCUGCUGUUGCAGGUCGUGGCCGGCCUGCGCGGCGCGACGCUCGCCGGCGUCGGCGACGCGCCUGCCGCAGCAGCUGCGCAGGGCGCAGCGGGCGCGUUCGAUGGCGAGAGGGCGCACCUGUCCGCCCUGGUGGCGACGGAUGAGCUUGAUUACUGGGCGCAGCUGGCGGUGGGGCCUGCAGGCGCGCCCCUGACCCGUGCCGCGCAGCAGGUUUCGGCCGCCCUGGAGCCGCUGAGGCGACUGCUUGCUGACCUGGAGGCGGGCGCCCUGGAGGGCGACUGGGAGGGCGGCCGCGACGCAUGCGCGAGGGCCGCCGACGCGCUGCGCACCGUGUGGGGCGUGCGGCUCGAGGGGCAGCGGGGUGGCGCUUGGGCGGUGGUGCAGGCGCGGGUGCAGCACUUUAUGGGCCUCAUUGGAUCGAGCCUGGCGCGGUACUGCCAGGCCAAGCUGCGGAGCUUCGACCUGUGGCGCACUGCUUUUGGCCUCGUGAAGCCCCAGCUCAUAGGCGCGGGGCAGCUGCUAGAAGCGUGGGCGCAGGAGUGCAAGGCCCUGGUGCAGGACUGGGCGGCUGGUGCAGACGGCAGCGGACGGCGGUGGGUGGGGCCGGCGUGGGCCGAUGCGAGGGCGGCGCAGCUGCAGGAGAGGAUUGAAGAGAUUUACGACCUCAGGGAAAUGGCGGAGGAGCUGGUAGCCCUACUGUCGGCCGAUGAUUCCGCCGCCCCCGCCGUCCGUGGCGCCUUCGCGCCGCUGCAGCAGCUGCGCCCGCACGCGCUCGCGGUCGGCUCCGAGCCGGCGGCGGCGGCGUGGCGGGGGGCGGUGGCGGAGUUUGACGAACGGAUGGCGUCGGUGGAGGCGCGGGUGGUGGCCAGGCUCAAAGAGAUGCUUGGAACGUCGCUUCUCCCCAGCCUGGCGGCAGCGACAGCCCGCCACGCCGCCGACAAGGGCGCGGGCGCCGCCGGCCAGGCGCCCGCCCACGCUGCUGCGCAGGCCGCGCUGGCCGAGCUGGCAGGGGUGGGGGCGCUGCUGUCACGGCUAUCUGGCGUCGAGGCGUUGACGGGCGAGCGGAAGGCGCUCACAAAACAUAUCGAUGCUUUCCUGGAGCAGCUGCAGUCCGAGUUGGAUGAUCAGCGCGGCGCCGCUGCUGCGAUCACCGCCGCGGCCGGCGACAGGGACGACACAGCAGAUGUCUCAUCCAUUGCCAGUCUGAUUUCCUGGGCAGCCCAGUGCCAUGCCAAAGCCUCAAAGGCCAGAGAGGUCCUGCUCCUCUUGGCGGGCCGCCGCCGCCGACGCAGCGGCCAAGGCGGAGCUGUGGACGACGACUCCGGCACGCGCCGCGCGUCGGGCGAGCGCGCUGGCGGCAGCGGCAGCGGGCCCACGGACGGGCGCGCGGGCGCCGCUGACGUGGCGGCGUGCUUGGGGGUUGCCGAUGAGCUUCGCAAGGAGCUCGAUGCUUUCAGCCGGGAGACGCUGGAAGAGUGGCAGGAGAGCACGGCGUCAUGGCUGUCUGGCGUGGCGUCCUGGAAGGGGUCGAAGCUGAUGUCAUUCGACGCCGCCAGCCGCCACGUCAACGCCCACUUCAGCGAGAGCCUGGUGGUGCUGCUGCGGGAGGUCCGCCAGCUCCAGGCGCUUGGGGUGCGGCUGCGCAAGGACAUCAUGGCGGAGGUGGAGGUCGCAUCAAAGUUUUACCGAUACGGCAUGGUGCUGCGGCAGUGCGCCCACUUUUACAACACGAUCGGCUCGCAAAUGAUAGAGAGCCAGAAACCUCUGAUGCUGGCCGACGCCCUGGAAUUCGAAAAGGUGCUGACCGCGCCGAGGGACGGCCAGGGGCGCGAGAUCACGUGGCGCAGCGCCGCCGCCCUGGACGGCUACGUGCGGCGCCUCAGCGAGGUGUCCGACCGCCUGGCGGAGCGCAACCGCCGGCUGCGCGGGGUGCACGGCCAGCUGGGGCGUGUGGUGGUCGGCCUCAUGGAGACAGACCUAGUAAGGCACAAGGACAGCAUCAUGAAAAACAACGUAUGA